AUGUCGGACGCCUUUAGCUCUGGCUUUCGCGAGUUCUGCGGAGGAGUGCAACACGCUGUAUCUCUACACCGUAUCCUUCUAUUCUACCUCAAAUCACGACUUAUAUGCGUAUCCAGUGCCAAGUGUUUUGUACUAAAUGGUCUGAUCUUUUUGGGAAGUAUCUACUUCUUCGACCAAGCUGUGAUCCCUGUUAUUCAUUUGUUUGGGGAAUUACUGCAUCGCUCUUUCUCCUAUGGGACCACUACUCAAGUGGACGACGUCCGUGAUCGUGUGGAUGGUUUUGUAUUCUUGCUGUACCAGGUGCUGUGGAUGUACCCAAUCUACUGCAUCAGCUUCAUCCUGAAUACCAUUUGGUACCAAGAAAUAGCCGACGAUGCAUACUUGCAACUUCAUGGCAAACCGUCACCCACGGCAGUGACCGAUAUGAUUCGCGAUGAGAUGUAUCGCGCCAUUCUUGUGGCAUUCUUUCUGUUGCAGACUGUGCUGUCGUAUUUGAUUCCAGUAAUUGGUCCUGCUACGAGUUUCAUUCAUUUGAGCUGGCUGUAUUCACUGUACUGCUUUGAAUACAAGUGGUCGUUGGCUGGUUGGAGUCUUGAGCGGCGGUUGGCGCAUUUAGAGCAAAACUGGGCCUACUUCGCUGGAUUCGGUAGUCCUUUCACGCUUGCCACGUUUUUCGUGCCGAACUUUGUGAGCAAAGGAAUCUUUGCACUACUCUUCCCGGUGUUUUUGCUCCUAGCAAUCGCGUGCGAUCCUGUGUCAGAGGGCGAGGAAGCCUCGAAAAAGUUGCCAAUUUUCAGAUUUUCGCGAUGGUGGAGCUUGCAGUUGUUGCGACGGAUCGGAAAGGCUACAGGAUUGAAAACCAGAAAGCAGAGGUCGAUGGAAAAGCAGAAACAGAGUAAAAAAAAAGGCGCUGAACACUUUUCAAAUACUGGGUGA